CACCCAAUUAAACCUCACGAGCCACCACUCACUCAUCUACACGUGCCCCUACCAAAGUCCAAAGCCAACCAUGGCGUCCUCCAAGGCCACCUGCACCGCGGCGCUCCUCCUCCUGCUCGCUGCCGCCGCCAUCGCCACGCCUGCUGAAGCGUCGAAGAAGACCGCGUACUGGGACUCAGUGCCCGGCGGCCAGAAGAUGCGGGCGGCGGCAGAUCAGGACGCGGCGUCGACGUGCGUGGGUUCGCUGCUGGCGCUGAGCCCGUGCCUGUCCUUCUUCAGGGACGCCGGAACGUCCUCGGCGCCGGAGGGCUGCUGCGAGGGCCUGCGCGGCAUCGUGGACGCCGACCAGGCGGUGUGCCUCUGCCACAUCGUCAACCGCACGCUCCAGCGGGCCAUCGGCGUCGACAUCCCCGUCGACCGCGCCUUCGACCUCAUCAGCGGCGUCUGCGGCAUCGCGCUCGCGCCGCCGCAGGACUUCGCCGACACCUGCACCAGCAACCGCGCCGCUGUGCCGCCGCUCUACGCGUGCCCGGCGCCGUCCGCCUGAUCCAUCCAUCCCGCAGCUGGUGAUUAUCCGGUUGAGUUUAAAUAAUCGUCAAGAAGCUACAGAGAGGAUAUCAACAGGAACCUCUGUUAAGUCGACCAACUAAGCCUGCCUAUGAACGCAAGCUUUAUAACACACACUUACAUGUAUUGGGUAUUCGAUAGCAUGAUGCCCGGACGCACAAUGCUGCCCUAUGUGGAACACGACAGGUGUAUGUACUGCAUACUGAGUAUAAUAAAUAAAGACUCGUACUAGCUCGAGAUAA